CGUCGAAUAUUAGAAAAUUUUCGAAUAAAGUUUGUGAAAAGAGUUUCCCGUCGCGGUGGUAAAGUCUAGUGCCAAACGGUGCACCGAAGUGUCGCGCGUACGAACAGUGUUGAACCGGGUACGGGCCGAAAGUGCCAGCAAGCGAAAACGAUGGCCAUGUCCAGCUGGAUGAUUCGCCAUCGGAGCCAGCGACAGAGAAGUCGCCCUCCGCCGGAGGACUGCUACCGUCUGGAUCCGGUCAAAUCGAUCCGGGAGAACGCAUCGGACAUCUAUGCGGCACUGAGUGCGCGCUCUACGAACGAAAACAAACGGCUCAGCCUGCUGAACGGGCUGGUCAAGCUGAUCGAACGUUGGAAGAAGGAAAAUGCCAUCGGGAGCUGCUCGCUGCUGGUCGGCAGUCCCCAGCGGAAGCUGCUGCUACAACGGGAAGCGGCAUUCGGUUUCAGCACGGCCGAGUGGCUGUACUGUAUCAGCGCUUCGCUGGGCUAUCAGUUCACGCAGAUCCGUGCUGGAGCCCUGCGGGCAACCCGACACCUGCUGAUGACCCCCGGCGAUGUGCGGGCGCUGAACGACCUUCAGCUGGGGCAUUUAAUAUGCAGAAGCUUAGAUGUGUUGUUGAAAAACGAGGAAGAACGGGUACAGGCGUUGAAGUUGAUCCGAAAGCAGCUGGUUAUAGCGCCGGAACUGGUCAGUCCGGCUGCGGUUAGGUGCUUGGUUUCGCUUGGCGAAAGCGGAGCCGAAGAUCGGGCUGUCAAUGUGGACCGGGAAGAUCGAAUGCUUAGAGCAUGUUUGGCAACGCUCUGCGAGAUCGGAGUGCUGAACUCGAAGCUGUUGAUCGUUUGCGGAGGGGUCAGCGUAAUUACCAGAAACGUAUUGGAAUGUCACAGUCCACGAAUAGCGGAGAGUUUGUGCGGGGUUUUGCUGCAUCUACUGGAAUGGCCAAAAACGCGGCAGAUUGCCGGUGUUCGGCUGGAUUGCCUAGCGGCACCGUACUGUGACUUUACCUAUCGGCUAGGCAUCAUGGAUAAGAACAAGGAUGCACGUGAUCUUCGAUUUACGUGCAGUCGAUUGGCUCUGCUUUCCGUUCUCCGCAGCUGGGCUGGAACGCUCGAGUUCUGCAACCCGGCAAAGCCUUCCGGGUUGAAGGCCAUCAUCGACAUCCUCUACCUAAACCAAUUGGAGGUCCGAAAAGCUGUACUCGAUCUUUUGUACGAACUGCUUGGGCUUCCGCAGCCAGUCUGGACGGACGAGUAUUCCGUAGCUUUCUCGGUGGUGGAUCCUGCCGAAUUUCAGGACUCGUGGCGAUUGAAUGAAGGGUUCGUCGCUGCCGAAGGCACCGCCGUGCUUCCGUCUCUGGCCAGCCGUGUGCCAAACGUUCCCGACAUACACCUCGCGCUGCUCCUCUAUUGUUUCAUCGAAAACGGACUGCUGAAUGCGCUGGUCGAAGUGAUCGUCUCCAGCGACACGUUCAUCUCGGUCCGGGCGACGAUAUUGCUCGGUAAAAUCCUACACCAAAUGCAUCUGCUGCUGCCGGCGGAAAUUUGCAAUUCGACACCCUCCAGCACGCUGCCAACGCUAAUCUCGAAAGCGACCGAAGGCAAUCAUCAGGCCAAAGCGGCCAUAGCGGCCCUGCAGCAGUUCCAUCAAAUGCUGCAAAAUCGACCCGCUUCCUAUUCGCUGUUUCUCGACUGUAUCAUUCAGAGUGGCGACCUGAUUAACACCAGGAUGUUCAAACGGGAGCUGAGUUCACAUGAGGCAGUUCCACUACCGGCAACUAAAUAUGCCACUCUGGACAGCGUUUCUGGUUUUGGCAGCAAACGCACUCGACACGACUCGGUAGGAUCAACGGGAAGCUCCUCCGGAGGAGGAGGUGGCAGUGGCGUUGGCGGUCGAUUGGGCUACCUGUUUACCGGUAGUCUUCCCAACGGUUCCUCGCUGGACGAUAGCAGCAUCGGCGUAGCGGGAAGCAAGCCGCAGUCCGGAGCCGCUGGCAAGCGGUCCAAUCUGAAACGGGCCCGUUUCGUGCUGCACUUUUUCGAUAAUCUCAAAGAAAACGAACGACUCAUCAAGGACUCGAACGUACUGGCCAACAAGGAUGCCAAUAUGUGGGAUUGGGACAUCGUGAUAACGAUCUUCCGAUCGGACAGCUUGGGCAGCAAACUGGACGACCAGAAUACGCGCUUCAUUCGGAGGAUCAUCGAUUACUUUAAGCCGAGCAAUAAUCGGUUCUCGCAUCAGGAUUUGACGGGGAAUAACCGGCAGCUGCCGGCGUACGUGACGGCGGCCCUGGAGCUGAUCGAUUGGUUGCAGCAGAGUCAGGAGCUCGAAUGCAUCCGCAUCCUGACGGAUCUGUUCACCGACAUCAGCCGACAGCUGAUGGCAAUCCACGCGAAGAAAUCCGCCCACGAGUGCCUGUUCAGCCCGCAGCACAUGACCAGCACCAUGUGUCAGCAGUACUUCCUGCUGAUCGGUCGCAUGUGCCGCACCGAAAGGGGACUCGGCGUGCUAACCAAUACGGAUGUGUUCAAAGAGCUGACGACGAUCGUUACGAAAACCAACCAUCUGUGCUACGUCAAGCUGAUCGUGUCCGGACUGGACUACAGUCUGCACGGAGAACCUCGGAAGAUCCUGCAGUGGGCACUGCUGGAGCACCAGUCGGCAAAAGCGCGCCUGUACUGCACCCAGUUUCUGCGGGUUCUGCUGCGCGCCCGGCUGCCGGACUUCGAAGUUUGGGGAGUUCCACUGCUGCUAAAGCUGGUGAAGCAGGACAAACGUCAGGCUCGGUGCGUUCAGCUGGCGGCGCUGGAAAUCCUAGAGGAAGCUUGCUACGAGCGUGUCUACCUGGAGGAAGUGGUAAACGUGUGGCCCAAUCUGGCCCAGGUUAACGAUCACGGCAAGCUAGUGAUGAUGAAGUUCUACUCGAUCCCGCGAGGGCUGAAUCAUCCGCGGGCCGGUAUUAAGGACGAAAUCGAACUGUGGGAAAGGAGCUACAAUAAAAGAUACGUUCUGCUGAUUGAGGCGGACAUCCACGCUUACCUAACGCAGCACAGCAAAACGGAGGACGGAACCUACAGUCGAAGGCACUGCGCGCAGCGCACGGGGAUCGCCCCGCCCAAUAUGUUACCGCAUCUGUACGGACAACUGGUGCAGACAAACCAGGGACUUUCCAACUUGCAAACUCACGGUAAUCUUACGAAUCUGAUUGACACGCUAGUGCAGGCUAAAUGCGGCAACGAGCGGGAGGUACUCACGCUGAAGGCUGCCAUGUGGGCUUUGGGUCACUUCAGUACAAGCAAAGAUGGGGUAACCUAUUUGAGCGAAUCCCGAGUGCAGGUUUACGAACGCUUUGUUCAACUGGCCAAAUACGCCGAAGUGUAUUCGGUCCGAUCGACGGCCCUGAACUGCCUUUGCUUGGUGGCCACCACCCAGCUUGGAGCAGACGUCCUGCAGAAACUAAACUGGAUUGCUGUGCGACACGAUAGGAACACCUGCUGGCCAGUGUAUGAACCGGAGGAGUGGUUCCCCCGACAGUUCAAUACACCGGUUCGACACAACUACUCGCUGGCACCUUAUAACUACACGGCCCUGCUAGGGGAUAACGAAGAAGGCCUUCUACCAACCGACGGUGACGACCAGCAGCUGAUUGUUUCCCGGAUGGAGAGUACAUCGGUCGGCGAGGAUCAAAGCGAUUGCGCUGACCCCUCGGCCAGUUUAGCUAACCGCUCGCGAACCCUGCCGGAAAGUGUUCUUGCCACCAGUCGCACUCCGGUCUUCCAGAAACACAAGCGUUCGCUGUCCGAAUCGAAAACAACCGACGGUAUCAGUCUGAUGGGAACGAUACCGCCAACAGCAGGUCAACAGAACAGCGUGGUUCCCCCAGCUCCGGCAUCCUUCCAAAUGAACCCCUACUCGAGCCGAACCCGUUACAACUCGGGCACCGAUUCGAACACCUCCGGUGUCAGCAGCUACGAGUCGAUCUUCGGUGGUCGCUUCCACUCGGACAUGAUGCAGCAAAGUCAACUUUCGCCCAUUCCCAGCAGUUCGAACUUGAUCGAUUUGAAGAAAGCUUCCUCGAAGGAACGCUACCGACGGACGUCGCUGACCGGGCUUCCGCUGCGUGAAUCGAACGUCAUGUCCGCUCAGGACCUGCACGGCUAUCACACGCUGCGCAUCCUGCGCCGGCGCUGUCGGCCGAUGCUUUCCGAGUCCGCAGCGGACGAGCUGGCCGAAAUGAUGGACGAAACGAUGGCCAGCGUAACGUCUUCGUCGUCCACGUCGACCAUUUCCCGCUUUCGGCUGCGCGCGUCCAAGUCGCUGUCCGAGCAGCAGCGCAAGCUGAAGGUGCGCAGCCUCGAUCGGAACUGUAGCUUCAACGCGAUGAUGGGGUACGACGACUUUCGACAAAGCGUUCGAUUGAAGCAACAACGGCAUCAGCUGCAGUCGGAUAUCCGCGGCCCUUGCUAUGCUGGUAUCUGCCUCCCGCGCAACAUCCUGGACCUGUUCCCGCAGGAGGAACCCAGCGGUACGUACGUAUCGAACUUCACGCUAAACGAACUGGAGGCGAACGUCUACGGCUAUGACGCGGACACCAGCAGCAAGGAAAACUACGGCAGCAGCAGCAUCCUGAUCGUUGACCGUGAGUCGGUCGAUUCGCUCAAACUGCUGCGAGCCAGCUCGAUGGACAGCACCGGAACGGUCGGUCACCAGCGGGACGAGUGUCUGCAGUGCUGCCGGCGCCGUCGCUACGAACCGUCGGCCACGACGAGCAGCAGCCGCAGCGAGUGUUUCAACUCGUCGGAGAACUCGCUCAGCGAAGAGGUCGACCGGAUACGGGUCAGCAUUCUGCUGCACGUCCAGCGGAUGGCCAACCCCGUCUGGAGCAAGCAAAGCCGAACCCAGCUGUUGGACCUCAAGCAAAAACAUGCCGCCGCUUUUCAGGAUGUUUGCCUGUAUUCGGAAAUUUGUCAACAAUUGGGCCGGAAUACGUACCGGCUGGCAUCGAGACGGUUUUUGCAGGAACUCUUUCUGGACUUGGAAUUCGAUAGUUUCUUUCGAGAAGCGGCUGAAAUUGCCAGCUUGAAAGAAGAACGCUCCGUCGUUGGUGGCAGUGAGGGCACAUUGAAUGGAAUAUCCUCGGCAGUAAUAGUAACGAAACCGAAUGUAACAAAACAUGUUAGUGGAAGUAAUAGGACUAAUAGUGCGAAAACUAAUCACGACAGCAGCAAUAAACAAUCAGCGGAAAAUAGUUUUAAUACAAACGGCGGUAUUCAGAAUAACAACAACAAUAACAACAACAAGACUCCUUCGUUGCAGCUGAUAGCUGCAAGCAGAGACGGCGGCGGUGCAAGCAACAACAGUGAUGGUGCUUCCACGCUUCACAUCACCAGCAGUGGUAAACCGCACCUGAUGCGAUCGCCUCCGCUGGCAAGUUUGUACGAAACCAGCAUCGAAAAUCUAACGGAAAUGGGUUCAACUCCAAAAGAGGCGAAGCCUUCGCUGCGCGUACAGGCGACCCUUGGACAAAUGGAACUGAACAAAAAAGUACUAAAUCGUCAUUCGAUCGGCACGGAUGUGCCGGAUGGCAGCAGUACUAGCACCACCACCAGCACCAAAAAAUCCGCACCGGAUUCGACGACGGUCCAGUCGCAGCAGCGAACCGCGGUCGAAAACAACGACGACGACGAUCCGUCGUCGUGCUCGUCCUGUUCGGCGGUAAGUUCCUCGCACAACCAAAACACCAAAUACCGGACCCGGCCGCGCUUCAACACGCUCGAGCUGGAUCUGAGUUGUACCAAAAAUAAGUUCCCUAUACGGCGGGACCGGCAGGGUACCGGUGGCGGUGGUCUUUCACCGACCACUCCGCCGACGGUGGGCGGAAUCGUAACGACGUUCGGCGUCACUGUGCUCGGCUUUGAGGACCGGGCCGUUACUAGUCCCACCACCGUUACUGGCGGCGGCACUGUCGGGCUACAACACCACCACCAGCAGCAGCAACAGGUGCAACCUCCUACGCUAUACUGUGAACAGCGGUUACAGCAGCAGCUGAAGGGCGCCAAAUCGGAAGCGGCAUUGAUGAGCACCGGCAGGAACUGAAGUGAGCCUGAUAGGUACGUGUGUGGUUGCGGUCGAUCGGUAGGUAAGCGUUGUAAUCGUUUCGUCGGGCUAGCUAGGAGACGUCGCAUGGUGAAGAACCGCGAUAGAGCAAUGCCAUUUCUGCCUUUGCCAUUGUUGUUUGAUUUUAUGAACCGCUACCGCGGUUGUUUGCAAUUCAGUAAAACACAUGGUCAAUCGAUUUCAAUUGCGUGGCGCUGUUUGCCAGAGUCAUCUACAAAAAACUUUAAAGCAAACGCUAUCUUGAGAGUGUUAAUCCACUCGAUGUUCCACAUUCACCCCUUCGAUCCCUUAGAAACUUAUUAGCUGUUUUAUCCAAAAGAUUGAAAGACUUGAUCUUUGGGUAAUUUGCGAGUGAAUCUAAACACAGUAUGCGAAUCAGUCUAUUAUUAUUAUUUUUUUUUUGUGGGGUGUUGAGUUGAAGUGUGCUGGCAGCUUGAUUUUCAAGGCUCAACCCAAAAAAGUAAAUUUUAACUUCUAUCUUGCAGCAGUACUCCAGACGGACUAGCCUUUGUUGGCCGGUUGAACACUGGUUAGCCAGUACUGUCUUUAGAUAGGUUUCGAAAAUAAAAUAAAUUUACUGUAGUGCGAUGUCUCUUUCUUCUUGCUUAAGAGUCGGAAACACUUUAAAUUAGUGAUACUGAUUUUAACAUACCGUCAAACGGGGUAACUUGCAACAGCGGGGUAACAUGCAACAACGCUAUAUCGAACCAAUUUAUUGUACUUUUUGAUUUGUUAUUUCAAUUUUCAAUCUAUAUCAGUUACUGAAUCUUGUUGUUAACAGUUCAAAGAAGCCUUAGAUACUGUUAUAUUGAUUUUCUGCUGUUUUGGUAAUGUUUAAAAAAUCCCACAAGAUGGUGUCAAAUUCAUCGUCAAAUUUUCGUCUGUAAAACGUUUGUGUCGCCCACAAGCACUUCAAAUAAAAGAAGCCUACCAUAUAUUUUUUAUAGUAAAAUGAAUAAUAAGGAAACAAAAUACUUGAUAUAUGAUGACUAGUUUUGUUUAUCCUGCUUGUUAUUACAUUAUUCGUAAAACAAGUACUUCAACGGGGUAACUAGCAACAGUAUUUUGCAUUCGUACGAAUAGUUUGUUUCGAACGAAUCGGGAAGCACUAUUCUCAUAUUCGAAUGAACAAAAUUGAUUCGAACGAAAACAAGAAUAAGGGUGAUUGUUAUAUUCCCCGUUUUUAUCUUGUUGCUGAUGACUUAAUUACUGAUGUGUUCAUGUCCCUUGGCUUGUGGUUCGGUAGAACAAAGGUAUCAAGUCUGGUUGGUGGACGGUUAUCUGCCAUGGUUUGUUGCCAUCUGCCACAAGUCGACAGGUGAGGUUCCAAUUAUAAUCUAAAUACAUUUAGCAAGAUCACGCCCUCAGUAGCUUCUAGAUCUGCUUCCUUUGCUCUCCUGUUGAGUGUCUUUCUGCCGAUUUCGUUCGCCCCUCUUCUCAAAAUCAAUAUCAGAUGCUUCUCUCCUUACGCUUCCGAAUUUCUGUUCCUAUGUGGCGAUAUUGACGAUAGAGUUCCUAAUUGGAAAUCCAAGUGUGAGACCACGAAUCCUGAAUGAUGCAGAACGACCUGCAGUUGCCUUCACCGACACGGACCACAUCUUGCAGGCAAUCGAACGAAUUUCACGUUUAAAUUGAAAAUUCGUAAUAGGAUCGCUACGGUAAUCUGAUUUGUGUGUCGAGCCCAAAUUCCCAAAUCCCUGGCCAUCUUGAUACGUGUGUCUAACUUUGAAAUUGGAUGGAUUAAUAAUGUUUAAUCUCACUGACUUGGUCGUCGCGACGUUGAAUAUGAGACCUACUAUCUUGGAGUUGUCAUCAAGGUUGUUCUGCAUAUCAUAUUGUCGUCAGCAGAGCAAAAGCAAAGCAAAAGCAAAGUCUUGGGCUUAAACCGUCUUUAGACAUUACCCUUCUUUAUCUUCUUUAUCGACAGACUUCGCAGUCGGCUGUUAGAGUACAGGAAAAUUACGGGGCUAGUGUAACAAUUCUACUGACUUUAUUUAGCAAGUACCGCCUGUAGUGAAUAGCAUUAGUAAGGUAGAAUCUAAGUAAAUCAAUAACACUCAUUGAAUAUAUGAAUUAUGAAACUUGCUUUGUCACAAAAUUGAACAUAAGAUAAAAAUGACGCUUGAAUGGUAGCACUGCUCAGACAUUAAUGAAGUAUGACAUAUUGUCUGGCAACCAAGCAUAGAAUUCUUUGACCUGUGUACAACAUAUCCCGUAAGGUCCUGUAUCGUUAGAAAAAUCGGUAAUCGGAUAGAUUAUUCUGUGUGCUACUUUCGCGAAUGACAGACGUGUUGUUCGUCUUCUAGAUUCGCAUACGACACCGCCUAGCCGAAAUUCGAACAUACGACGACUGGCUUGUUAAACCAGCAUCGUACUUCGAAGCUAACUGGGCGGCAAAGUCAAAAGACUCCAGGGUAAUCCUCGGUCUGGUUCACUGUCAAUGGUUCCAAUUAAAAUCUCGUCCAUCACAACGAGAAGCAGUUGCGGUGACAGUACAUACGUAGCCUUAUGUGACUCCUGCAGUAACACAUAUAGGGACCGACAGGAGGCCAUCGUGCAGCAAAUUUGCACAGACACAAUGCGAUAGACUACUUUAUCGGUAACUCAUCUACGCCUUAGUACGCCCCAGAUGUUUGCGUAUUUCGGUCGAAUGCUUUCUUGAAAUCAACAAGUACCAGAAGAAAACAGGUCAGAAUUUCGAUGACUUGCUUCAAAAUAAUACGGAGAGUCGUAUUAUGAUCCACACAUCGAUUGGCAGGGAAUCUAGUUUGCUGUUGCCGGAGAGCAGCGUCGGUUUUCUCCCAGAUCCGGUUGAGGAUUAACUUACAGAGUACUUUGAGAGUAAUGCGAAGAAACGUGAUGUCACGCCAAUUAUCGCAUUCAGUUGGGUCUCCUUUUUUAGGGACUUUGGCCAAUAUCCAUCGGAAAAGUUGCGGUUUCCUUAUUGCUAAUAUAUUGCUAAAAAGCUGAUGCAUCAUCUGCGCUGACAAAGAUGGGUUUGCCACUAGUAGAAGGCUGCAAAAAGUAACGUCGUCGUUCAUCAGCUAGAUAGUUGAUCCUGGCUCUCUAGUCCUGCUUACAAGACUUCUUAACAGCCCUCCUCAGCUUAGCGUAUCGUUGACGGACUGCUGUCUGAGCUGAUCCUUGUUUCGCUAGGCUGUCAGCAAGCUCAUUACUCUCGUUUCCGCAGUGUCCAGGCACCCUAAAUAAUGAAACUUUGUUUUGGCGAGAAAGUUCUCUUAGUUGUGCUGCACUCUUAAACUAAUUUGGAUGUACGCUUAGUGGGUUUGAGAGCCAGUCCUGCCCAGGCUGUCCAUAAAGUUACCUGCUUUUCGACUACUACAUUAUUUGAACUUCCACUUCUGUUUCGUGGCAGAAUCGACGAGUGCUCUCCGUAGACUCAUAGUAGAGUGAUAGUUUCGAUCCUUGAGCUUUGCUCUGUAAUAUACACAGCAAAUGUUAUCUUUAUUUCAUAACGGAAAAACGAAGGAAGUUUCUGUCGGGAAAAACUUAAGUCCGGUCGGGAAAAUAUCGGGAAAAAGUCGGGAAUUUUUUUCGAGAAGUUCUGUGGCCACCCUGAUGAGAGAAAUCGACCAGUAAUACGAUAGUGUCUAAUUACGAUCACCUGAAACGUAAUGAACAUUCAUAUAUUACGUAAUCAAGAUGUCGAUGAUUUUUAACUCCCGCGCUCCACUUCGUGACGCGAUUUUACCUAAUGGAUAUACGACGUGUAAUGCGUUGUUGCACAACUCCCGCUCCACUAAUUGUGUAACGUAAUAUGUGAAUAGUCCUUAAAAAUGCAGCUCUAUCGGAUCCAGACAAGGAAUAUCAACUGCAUGAAUAAUAUAAAAAGUUUAAUUCGUAAUUUCCGUUACAGGGCUCAUCAAUUAUUUUUACCAACGUGACAUAGGGCAUUUAUACGUAUAUUCAUAGCAAAAGCAUUGAAAAUCGCAAGUUGUAUUAUCAUUUGCAUAUUCAAGUCAAAAGAAACUCAUAUAAAUCAUAAAAUUCAUUCAAUUUUCAAAAAAUAUUGCUUGUUGCAAGUUACCCCGUUUGAGGAGUUACUAGUAACAAAUUAGUUAAAAAAUUCUACAACAGCCAAUAUUGAUCGGGUAUUUUUUCUCAAUAUGUGAAAUUGUUCUAUCCUAGAUCUAAUAACUUUGUAUUAAUUAAAUGUCCUCAAAUGUACUACAGAUAAGUUUUUACUUGCACUCAUAAUUGAGAACUGUUACAAGUUACCCCGUUUGACGGUAAUUUCCAUCUUUUUGGAAUUUUUAAACUUCCUUAAAAAUUCUAGCGUUUACUUGAACUCGUGCAUAUAUUGCUGCUACGAUCUCGUUGAAGUACUUUACCUUCUCUUACCUUUAAUCUUGUAGGGUUUACCUGAUACUCCUGUGCUUCCUCACCCCACCUGAAUUUGUCGUUGUUCUUCAGUUUCUCUUCUGUUGUAGGUCGUUUAGUCAUACUCCGUCGUUCCUCCCCGGAUGGAUAUGGGAUAUAUGUAAAGAGAGAGAAAAAAAAUAUAAGUGAGAUGUUAUUAUAAACUUAGUCUAAGUGUAGAUGCAAGGGCAUUGAGGGUUAGGCAUGACUAAUAUACUAAAUGAUAUGUUUAAUUGGAUGGGGUCAAUGUUUUUAUAAUUAUAAUUAAUGAACUAUUGUCGCUGUCCCAGUCAGAAGCAUCAUCGUCUUCAUAUUCCGACUCGAUCAUUUCGGCAUACAGUCGUUUUGUGCGGUCUUUCAUUUUAUGCUUCUCCAUUGCGAUCUCUUGCCAAUACUGUAAGGGUUCACCCGUCCUAUCUGCGUCCUGCCGGAUACACGUCCUCCCCGCAUACGCUGGUCUUCCCUUCUUCUUUGGUUUAUCAAUUUUGAAUUCUAAAACCUUUUUUAAAAUCGCCAUGUGCUCGCUUCUAAUUAAGUGGCCAUAGAAGUUGAACCUAGCUUUUCGGUUUUAUUGUUAAUUGUGUGGCUCCCCAGUAGCAUCGAUGCUAGUGGUGAAUUAACCUCGUUUUCAUUGUUCAUGGUUCCAUUUGGUCUUUCGUUUUCCGGGUUUUCCGAGCAUGGCCUGUCCGGCGUCGGACCUUCCAUAUUUUCAUUCUGAUUCGCAGCUGAUUCAUUUUGUCUUCCGACCUGGACGUUGCUAUCCUUAUCUGCGCUAAGCCCCCGGAGAGUGAUGAGCAUUUCGUUCUCCAUGUUCCGCAAUGCAUGCCGAUUCUUCUUAAUGAUCGUCGCUACUUCCAUGUAGUAUGUGACCACCGGUGUGAUUAAGCAAUGGUAGAGUUUCGACACUACUGAUCACUUACGAGGAUGUUCCUUGAGAAAUGAGCACAGAAGGUGGAAAGCUUUUUGAGCUUUUUGGAUUCUCCCCGAUGUGGCGGCACCUCUUGUUAGGCUACUCGUUAUUUGCUCACCUAAGUACCUUAAAAUCGUGACCAGUGGUAAUUCCAGGGUGGCAACUCAACCAGGAAAACCAGGAAAAGACCAGGAAUUUUUUUUCACCAGGAAAAAAACAGGAAUUUUCACUCAAAACCAGGAAAAAAAUUAGAUGCUUGCUGGUUGCUUAAUUACUUGUGUGGCCAUGCCCGCUGGUUCGACAAAACCAAAAAGUCUGCUUUCCCAACUGUUGAUGGUCAUAUGCCCUGGCUUUCACCUGGCGCCAGGAUAGAUUUGCAUCAAUAGUCUGAAUCAGUUGACUGACGUUGACGGCGUAGCCAUCCAUUAGCCUAUCGAUAGGUUUGCCUCUUCUGCUCUCCCUGUGGAUGACAGUUGAGUCCAGGUUUCCUGCAGAUUUCGUUCGACUCUCUUCUCAAAAUAUGUCAGAUCCACCUCUACCUACGUUUCCAAAUCUCUGUUUCUAUCUGACGCUGGUGAUAUCAACGAUCGAGUGUUAGGCCAUCAAGCCCGAAUAAUGUAUUCCGGCAACGAUUAACGAAGACCUGCAGUUGGCUCCGAUCUGAUUUGAGCACGCACCAAACAUUCCAAAGUAAGAUCCAAAAAAUCGCCGCUAUUCAUCCUGAUUUGUUUGUCUAUAUCGGUCUUGGCACCACCGUCUGGGGUUGUCUGGCUACCAAAAUCUUCCACCUCCUCAACCUCUACUGUGAAAUUGGAGGAAUUGUUAUUGUGCGCUCCCACUGACUUGGUCUUUGACUUUGCGACGUUGACUAUGGUCGCAAAGACCUGGAGUUGUAGCACAGACCAUUUAAAUUUCUCUGCAAAUGCUAUUGCCAUUGGGAGAGCAAGAAAAUGUCGUCGGUCAGCUCGAGGUCAUUUAAUUACUCCAUUGUCAAAGAGUUUCUGGGUAAUGCUCGGUUAGGUUUGCUAUCAAUGAAAAUUAAAAUUUUAUUCAUGACGACGAGGAACGGUAUGUAACCCUGUCUCACUCCUGUAGAAAUCCUUAUAGGGCCCCACAGAAGGUUAUCGUGCAGCUUGCUACUGCCGGAGAGUAGCGCAGAUUUUCUCCUGGAUUCGCUCAAAACACCUUUUGGAGUACUAACAAGAGCGAUACAGAACAACCGGACUCACAGUGUAAAGUUAGACCGCGAAAAUCCGUCAAAAAAUCUGAUCCAUUGUUACAUCAUUGCUAGUUCUUUCGGACUCUAAUUGAACUUGAAAUCCGAAAAACGUCCAGAGAAUCCAGUAAAGUUGUCGCCACUAAACGUUUCGAAGACCCCCUAAGGUCUGCUCUAGUUCAAAGAAAUCAAAUCGUUCGUCCUGCUGGAUGUUUUCCCGACAAUUUCCAAAAAGCCAAUAUAAGAUUGGGACAAAGCUAUUGGUAAAUAAAAGAAAGAAAAUUGUUAAAGAAAGUUGUCACAAUUAUUGGUUUUAAACCAAAUAAAAACUGCAGUCUUUGGUCUCUAGCAAAAGUAUAAAAUAGGUCUCCUGCCCAAAAGUGUGGUAAAAUGCUGACCACUUUUAGCAUAUGUAUUCUAACGGGACCGAACCUAACGAACCUUGCCUAACAACGUAAUCUUUCUGAUUUUUUGUAGAUGUCCUAGGUACGGCACGCGGAAAAAGUUAAUAGUAAAACGAAUGGCAUUGUUUCUGCCGUUCUCCUAGCAACCGACGGCGGUCGAAAAGAAAAACAAGAUUGCCUUCAGUGCAAACCCAACACAUACACAAACCCACACAAACCCAUUUGUUGUUGUUAAAUUUUAUCCAGGUUAGGUUAGAACCUAAUAUCUAGUCACCUAUGACAAAGAACACAAACCGGUAUAGAAAGAAGAGAAUUAACAAAAUAACAAACGAACGAACCCUGAACAUAACCAUACCGACACACCGACACCGAGUCCAGUUAGGAAAAAAAACCAGUAGGUUGUUGACAACUGUUCAGAACAAAACAAAUAAAACAUAUUCCAACAAAUAUAACAAAACAAAACAAAAAAACAAAUACGACACAAACCUAGUAAAACAAAAACAACUAUUACAAUUUAUUCGUCGCAGGUUCCUAUGUGUAUUAGUUUGUAGGUUUCGAUUUUAUUUAUUUAUUGUUCUAUCUUACUCUCCAAGAAAGAAAGAAAGAAAGAAAGAAAAACGCAAAAAAAACAAGAAAGAUAAAACACUAAACAGAGAGUUCCUUUCGUCGUCGUUGUCGAAAAUGUGUUUUAACACAAAACAAAAAACAAACAGCAUGCUGACUGGCAACUACUUAUCAUUAAUAUUGUGUUUUUUUUUAUCAAUUAAUAUAAAUGGAAUGGGGACAGAAACGUCUCAUUUUUAGUUUAGUUUUUUUUUUCUUCAUUCUCUCCAAAUGCUCCUCUAACUAAACCCCUUUCAGAACGGGGUUUAUUACGGCGGUAGUAGUUUUCGGUAACAGUUUCACACACCUCUAUGACCUAUUUGAUGGAUGAUGAUGAUGAUGAUGAUGGGAAUGAGUAUUAUCGGGGGUAGAUAGUUUAAGGCGCAAAACACUACACCAGCAGCAGCAGCAUUAGUAACUUACUCCCCCACAACACUAAAGAAGAGAUAACUAAUUUGGACAGACAAAAAAAAACGAUAGUUUUUUGGUGGUCGAUUUUCUUGUUUCUCUCUGAUUGUGCUAUAUAUUUGUAAAUCUGACUCUAUGUAGAAGAAGAAGUGUACGGGAAGAAAAACUUGUUUCUUAUUUCCUUUUCCUAUAUUUGGAAUAUUUACUUACUAUGACCUGUAAUUUAUGUAUACAUGCGCGUGAUGAUAGCGCGCUUGUUUUGUAAAUAGUAAACUGUAGUAGUGUGUUGCAAUUGGUAAACAAAAAACUGGCUCUGGCCAGUUUUUCUAUUUUUCUCACACACAAACACACACCCAAAAAGAAAAACGAUUUAAAAAAAUUAAACAGAAAAAACACGUUUAAUUCAUUCUAUAUUUUCUAAAUUUUUGUAUUUUUGAUUAUUAGCUUUUCGAAACAAAAAAAAAAGAACCUAAUUUAUAAGUUCUGUUGAAACGAACUUAAAAAAUUUAAGGAAAAAGAAACCGAAAAAAAACUAAAUAUGAUCACACCCUAAUUUGAAAAUGCGAUUUAUGUGGAAAAUAAUUGGUAAGCGCGAAAAUCCAAUAUAGAA